GCCCCCCUUCGUUCAGCAGCGGCUGGCCACACAGUCCCCAGCCUCCGCAGCACAGAAGCAGGAGGGUCCCACGGUGCCUUAGAAAGGGACAAAUAACAGGUCCCGCAGGAUGCUUAAGACUACGGUUCUCUAAAGACUAAUCGCCCAGCAGUGAGCGCCCCUCACCCUUCACUUUUCAACGGAGAGGGCUGCAAGUUGCGUCCUAGCUGUGAUUUAGACGCCUCCGGCCUUCCAGUUUCCAGUUACAAAAGUCCCAGGUCCGCUGAUGCGGUUUAUUGUGGCAACAGUUCCCGGCAACUGCCCAGACGCCGAGCGCCUCCAGCCCAGGCUCUCAGUGCGGCAGGCUGAUGUCGGUGUGACUUAUUCCGUGGAGAACCUCGGGCCCCAGAUUGGAGCUGAAUUACCCAAGGACCCUUUGAGCAGCCCCGAGGGCCUGGAAAUACAGGCUCAGUUGGGAAGUUUACCUGGAACCACAACAGAAAGUCCCCCAUUUCUUAGUGAAAGAAACAGAGGAAUAAAUUCAGACCUAGUGACCGGUGGAUUAAUCCAUAACCCCCAAGCCCCCGAGAUCCGAGAGCGACAAAAGUCAUCAGACAUCCUGGAGGAAUUAAUUGGUCAAGGAAUAAUACAAAGCCACAGCAAAGUACUUAGAAAUGGAGAAUCUUAUGAUGUCAUGGCAAACGUGACCGAGUGGCCUCUGAGAAAGCCUCCAGCCAGGCUGAAAAAACUUCAGCUCAAAAAGGAAGCAAAGGCUUUCACAACGAACGAUCUAGAAGAAAAGGUGCGAGCGGUGGAGAUGCACAAGAAGAGUAAAGAAGAAGAAAUAAGAAAAAGGCUAAGGAGUGACCGACUCUUGUCCCCAGCCAAUCAUUCAGAUGCAGCUGAGCCGGAAGGGGCUGAGGUUCUGUUUGCCAAAGGACCUCAGGCUGUGAGUUCUGCUGUGUUUGAGUUUGAGCCGUCUGACCCGCAGGGAGGAAAGCCUUUGAAAGGGAAGAAGAGUCAUACAGCAUCGAGUGAUAGAAACUUCAGUUAUGAAGGAUAUGGGUUGGUGGAGUCAGAUGUGUCUUACAACCAAGCAGAUGAUGUAUUUGAAUAAGCCAUCUUAUGUGGAUUUCAUGAAAAGACAUCCAUUCUCCCUGAUUGUGACAAUUUUAGUCUGUCUCAUGUUUUUCUGGAGGCCUGAUCUCACCCCACUGGGAUUUGCCAUGGGUUUAGGAACGAUUGUAUAAUGUGCAUGGGCUGAACUUGGCUGAGUCAAUUCAAUAUCUAUGCUAGCUAGCAAAAGGGGGGGAAAAAACCCAGGAAGAUCUGACUGGCUUCCACAUUAUAAAGUUAGCAUUCUCUUCCAGUGGGGCUUCAGACGCUAUGAAGACAUCUUUAUGAAUACUUCCCAGCUUACGUUAAUGUGUUUGUGCCAGAUGAAACCCUUCUUUUUUGCUCCUGCCCGUUGGCUAUGUUCACCCUCUGAGGGUCCCUUCAGACAAAUUGCACAGAUUUGUAUUACGUGUUUGAAUGAUCUGUAUGCUUAUCUGUAUGUUUCAUUAUUCUCAUUCUGUGUUGUGAAAGAUGGAAAGCAAUAUCUUGAAGCUGUUUGAAUUACACUUUCAUCCAUACAGCUUAAGGAAGCAAUAUCCAAUUCAGAGAGUUAAGUAUGAAAAAAGACAAACUUCACUAGGGUCUAGGGGUGGGGGAUGUCCUGGAGGCGGUACACUGACAGGAGGCCCUGUGCCUAACUCCCCCAUGGGAGUCUGACAGAUCUACAUUCUUUUUUUUAUUUAUUUGUUUGUUUAUUUAUUUUGAGAGAGAAAGCAUGUGUGCAAGCAGGGGAGUUGCAGAGAGAGAGAGAGAGAGGGCGAGAGAGAAUCCCAGGCAGGAUUCCCAGGCCCCAUGUGGGGCUCAAUCCCAUGAACCGUGAGAUCAUGACCUGAACUGAAAUCAAGAGCCCGGCACUUAACCGACUGAGCCACCCGGGCGCCUCUGAUGAGUCUACAUCCUGAAGAUCUCCCAUCCAUUUUCACACAUUUCCCCUCACACCACCCUCCUGUCAUUCAACUGGAUCUCUACAAAAGUUUCCUUGGUCCCUAUACCACAGUCCUCUGGUUAAAACCCUUCCCUGGGUGCCUUUCGUGGUCAAAGCAGAGUCCAGAACCCUUUCUGUGACUGGUAAGGAUCUCUGCUUUCACAAUUCACUUGUGCUGAACUUGAGCCCCUCAGACUCAUCACACUGCUUCUCCUCUGCUUCAGGGUCUUUGCACGUGCAGCUCCCCUCUUCCCCUCUCUCCCUCUCGCUGCUGGAGCCGACUAAUGCCUUCUUGUUGUUUGUGUCUCCACUCAGACCACUUAGUCCAAAGCUCCCGGUCUGGGUUGGUGCUGCUCUCUUCCAGUUGACUUUCGGCACCCUGGCCCACUCACCUCUGCACUUGCCACCCACUUGAAAUCGCCUGAUAGGUUUUCAGCUCCACCACGAAAUAUUUCGGUUUUAGCAGAGCAGGAGAUGAGUGUCUUGUUCACAGUUGCAUCUUUUUGUCCCUCCGAAGGUGAAUGGCACAUCAUAAGUGCCGUGUAAAUAUUUUGUUAGUGGAUGCAUCGGUGUCCCCACACAUCUCUGAGAAGCAGGACAGCCCCCAAAGAUGGGAACCAGUGGCUGGGGACAGUGCAAUUUGACCGGAGGACCACGAGGCACCUGCUGCUUAUGCAUUCCCUUUGGGAUAUUGUAGGACUCGGGAUCCGGUAGCCAGGUAUGAUGGUGGUAUGAUGGAGGGGCUUCUUUCAAAACCCAUUCUGGAACCCAAACCUUUAAGAACCACGAUCUCCUUCUUACAAUGUGACCUGCAGAGCCCUGGUCCAGGGCAGUCUGUGUCUCCAUUACCUUAUAUAUUAAUUUGGGAUAACCGCUUCCAUCAACCCAAAUGAAAUAAUGGGUCUAAAAGUACUGUGGAAACUGGAAUAUGCCAUAAUAUUAUAGAAUACGAUUUAUGUAAAAUCCCAGGUGGCCAACAUGAUGCUUUCCAUAUUGUCCUGAGAUUUUUUCUGGCAGCUAUCUUGUGGUGACAUGUGAUAAUCUUACAAAAUAUUACAGUAGCUGAAAUGAUUGCAGUAGGCCACUUCGAAAGGAUUUAGGUAUCAUUCAGAUCUCUGUAAAUAAAAAAAUUUAAAUGGCCCAAAUAUACACGGAGUGCAAAUGUGUAGUAAUUGAUUUGUUUUGUUUUCAAAGUUUUUUGUCUUUAAUUUUGAGAGAGAGAGAGAGAGAGAGAGAGAGAGAAAGCACAUGUGCGGGUUGGGGAGGGGCAGAGAGAGAGGAAGAGAAAGAGAAUCCCAAGCAGGCUCCCCACUGUCAGUUUGGAUCCCAAGCCCUGAGAUGAUGACCGGAGCCGAAAUCAAGAGUCGGACGCUUAACCAACUGAGCCACCCAGGUGCCUCUAUAGUAAUUGUUGUAUAUUAAAUCCCCCAAUUUGAUAAAUAUCCCACUAAUACUUUCUCUUGAACUUCUAUGCUCUUACUUACAGUGGCUUGGGUGACACAUUUGUUGAGUUCAAAUAUAUGCACUACAGAUGUGAACAUCAUCGCUGAUAACCUGGCUUGGAAAGCUUUCUACAUAGAGUUAAAUACAGCGGAGUAACACAUCCAGAAUGACUAGCCAUGUAUUUUCUUAGCAAGAAACACUUUAACAGGGUGGGAAGAGAAGUGAUGAAAAUAUACACCUGGAUACAAGGAAUGGCUCUUAAACUCUAAGUAUAUUACUACUCACCAAACAGACCGAGGCUUUACGGACGAAGAAACAGGCUCAGAGGCUCUAAGGACUUUUCACCUUCACGAACCCUGGCAUCAAGGGGGUCUGGCUGGGGUUUGAAUCCUCCCACUGCCUCCAGAGCGGUCAGCCCAUCCCGGCAACGUACUAUUUUUUAACUUCAAAUGUAAAUGUGACUUUUUCCCAUGAUCCUCUUUUUGUUUUCAUUUUUUUUUUUUUAUUUAAAAGGAUGAUUUACACUGAAGAGUAAGAGAAAAGAAAGAGAUUUCUAAAAUAUAGCCUCUGGGAUCACAUUAAUUUUAUGUGUUGAGAAUAACCUAAUUGGUUUUCUCAUUGCUGAAGCAGAAGGUUUUGAACAGCUGCCAGGGUAUUUCAACUCAAAUCCAGCUACAACCUUCAGGAAGUUAUGAGUCAGGAAGACAAACUUAGGUAAAUGUCCCUAUAACCGUUUUAAUUGGGUGCAACAGAAAAACGCCUAUAUCGAUUUCCUUGUGAAAGACGGUCUGGUCCAGUCUCAUAGGAGGUAAACUUGAUGUUUAGUAAACCCUCCAGUUUAGGGGGGUGAACAAAAAAACCCUUAUGGAUAAUUUAUACCUAAACUAAUAUUUAAAAGGUAUAUUUAAAGGGUGUGUGGGUGGCUCAGUCAGUUAAGCAUCCGACUCCGGCUCAGGUCAUGAUCUCGUGGUUCAUGAGUUCGAGCCCCACAUCGGGCUCUGUGCUGACAGCUUGGAGCCCGGAGCCCGCUUCGGAUUCUGUGUCUCCCUCUCUCUCUCUCUGCCCCCUCCCCGGCUCGCGCUCUGCCUCUCUCUCUCAAAAAUGGAUAAACAUUAAAAAAAAAGUUUAAAAAAAUAAAAGGUGUGUUUAAAAUAUUUCACAUAUAUUGAAAGUACUACACGUUGUAAGAUUCUUAUUUAUGUUAGAUCAAAAGUGAUUGUGCAAUCACGGUAACAAGAAUAGAACUUAUCGCAGUGUUGCUAUAGCGACUACCAGUAAUUUAUGACUGAGCCUAUUUCUGUGUGUUACUCCACUGCUAGUAAACAGCUAGUAUUUGAAGUCGUAAUUACACGGUAAAUACUGCAUUUUAAAGCUGUGCGGUGCUUUGGGGUGUCAGCAGAUAGAUCGCUUUGCCCCCACAUAACCUGUAGACACCACACCUUUUUCUAGAGCAUCUUGGGUCAGGAAAGGGCAUUA